CCCCUCGCAUCAACAACUCGCUGAGACGAGAAGCAAAAUGGCCGCCAGUAAGCUAGCCGAGCACACAGCGCCUGACAGUCAUCGGGAGGUUCUGCACGGCGUUCUGUUUACAGUCUGAGGAGCGGGAACUCGCAGCGAAGGACUUCUACGAAUUCGCAUUUCCUUUUUCACGAACCAACGUUUCGCCUUUCCACGAUGUCGUUUAUUAUUCAAUUCAACCGCGAAGAGCUAGCUCGCCGCGCUAGCUAGACCUGCUAGCGCUUUACGAUCUGCACGAAUUUUCUGCACCGAAGCACUUUAUGUUUAACGUGAUUCCUGAGACGGGAGAGUCAGGACAGGGAACAGCAGUUCAUGGAAGACAAGAAAAAGAAGAAAGAGGAUAAAAAGAAAAGGGACUCCUCUCAGAAGGUGCCAGACCCAAAAAUAAAAGUGCCAGAAGCAGCCAAGCCCUCCACCAUCCAGCCGCCCUUCACCCCGGGCCCCGCCCCCCCCACCUCCUCCCCCGGCGGCGGUCCUGGUGCGUCCCUGCCUGCUCCCGACGGCGGGAACAAUGUUAAGCAGCGGGCUGCUGUGGCCACCGGACAGCCCUCCUCCGCCUCCUCUAACUCCUCCUCCUCCUCCUCCUCCUCCUCUUCUGGGAGCCAGGCGACGUCGACGGCCCAGCGCUACAUCCCCCGUGAGGUGCCCCCGCGCUUCCGCUGCCAGCAGGACCACAAAGUGCUACUGAAGAGGGGCCAGCCGCCCCUGUCCUCCAUGCUGCUGGGGGGCGGCUCAGGGGGAGGAGGCGCUACUCCUCCUCCGCUCUCCUCUCAGUCGGGAGAAACCCCCCCAACAGCUGGACCCAUAGAUCUGAACCCCGGUUCAUCCUACUCCUCCUCGCCGUCCAUCGCUGCUGCUGCUUCUUCUACUACUUCGUCUUAUGCAAAUUCCACUUGGGGGGCAGGCUCUGGCAGCCAACCCCCCUCUCAGGGCUGGGAGAAGGUGAUCGUGGACGGGACUGACCUGGAGGCGUGGCCGAGCAUCCUGGGCGGGGCCAAGCCGGGGUCGGGUGGGGCGGGGGGCGGGGCAAGCAGGGAACCGGAUCAUGCGCCCAACAGCAGUGCCUCAUGGAAUGAGAGGAAUGUUCAGCAGAAGGGAGGGGCUGAGGUCGGGGGUGGCGACCGCCCCUCCUCGCCUCACUCCUCCUCACCCCCAUCUCCCCCUCCCCCCUCAUCGUCAUCGCUCGCUGAAUGUGCGGGAGGCUCCCCGUGGGGCUCCUCCCCUUCGGAGUCCGGGACAGGAAGUGAUGUGCUUUACAACUCCAACAUGUCCCAUGUGGGCCCAGGCUCUCAGAAGAGCCCUGGAGGCAGCUGUAGUAGUAGUGGCGGUGGUGGGGGGCAGGCCACGGGCCCGGGCUUCAGCCCCAGCACCAACCCCUCCGCCUGGCCCGCCCUGGGGCCGGAGCAGACCCAGGGCCCCGGAGAGGGUCUCCGCCUGUCCACCAGCCCUCUCCCUCCGUCCUCUGGGAGCCAGCCAGGCCUCCAGCAGCAGCAAGCUGAGGGGCCGGGGGCGGGGGUCACCGGGGGUGGGGAGCCCUGGGGCGGGGCCGAGCGGGGCCCUCAGAGGGGGGCGGGCACCGCCGCGACGGGGCCAGGACCAAAUCAAGGAGGCGGUGGAGACGGGGGCGCCAAUCGAUCGGGCUCCUCCUCCUCGUCCUCCUCCUCCUCGUGGCGGGCCAUGCCUCCGACCUCCUCCUCCUCGGAGGUCACCGUGGGAGCCUCCCCGGGCGACGGCUGGGGGGGCGGGGGGCAGAGCCAGGGCGACACCACUGGCUGGGGCCAGCCUGCCAGUCAGGGCGACACCACUGGCUGGGGCCAGCCUGCCAGCCAGGGCGACACCACUGGCUGGGGCCAGCCUGCCAGUCAGGGGGACACCACCGGCUGGGGACAGCCUGCCAGUCAGGGCGAUGCGACGGGCUGGGGCCAGCCUGCCAGUCAGGGCGACACGACGGGCUGGGGCCAGCCGAGUGACAGUAGCUCCAACGCUCCUGGGGCAUCUCAGGGAGCUGGGGAGGGUGGGGGUACGGGAGAGUCAGGGUGGGGGGGCUCUGGAAACACUGCAAUAGGAACUGGAGGGAGCGCCCAGCCCGGGGGGCGGGCCGGGAGCAGCAACAGCAGCAGCAGUAGUGGAGGGAGUGGCGGUGUCCGGGGCGGGGCUUUGCAGGACUCCGCCUCUCCGGCGGUUGCAAGCGGGGCGAAGGCCUGGGACAAUCAGACGGCGGAGGAGAAGAGCGCGGAGAGAGGGAGGGCGGAAUGGGGAGGAGCAGGGGAAGGCGGGAGGACGGCUGGCGUAGGAGGCGGAGUCACAGGAGAUGGGAGUGGCGGAGGCGGAGCACCUAACCAGAAGACGGACGGCUCCGGAGGCCCCGCCUCCCAGCCGUCGCCCAACGCUGAAGUGGCCUUAAAGAGCAUGCUGAGUCGCUCGGACCUGGACCCGAGGGUGCUGUCCAACGUGGGCUGGGGCCAGACCCAGAUCCGGCAGAACGUGGCCUGGGACAUGGAGGCCUCUGCCGCAGCCGCCGCCGCCGCAGGGGGAGGAGAAGGGGGCGGGGGAGGAGGAGGGAAGAUCAAAGACAAAAGCUCCUCCUCGUCCUCGUCCUCGUCCUCGUCCACCAUCACGACGCGCGGCUCCGGGUAUUCUGGGGCCAACGCGGGUCCGAAGGCCACCGAGCCGCCGACUGGCGGCGGCGGUGGCGGCAGCUCGGGUCCCGGGCCCAAGAGGGACGGCUGGGACGGCGCCGGGGCCCACCAGCCCGGCCGGGGGCCCCACAUGGAGGCUGGGAACCGGAGGAAGGGCGGGUCGCCGCCGGAGGGGGGCAGCGAGGGGAACCCGGCCAAGAACGCCGGAGGCUGGGGGGGACUGGCCCCCGAGAGCCAGGGGAAACCCUGGGGGGGCGAGGAACCACAAGAACGGAGGGACCACAGAGGAGGUGGAGGAGGCUGGAGAGAUGGUGGAGAACAGGGUAGAGGAGGAGGAGGUGGUGGGGGGAGCAAGCCCCACCAGGAGUGGGGUGGUGGCAAGCCCCACGGCCCGCCAGCACAGACCCCAAACAGCCAGGUGGCCCCCAUGAAGGCCCCCAAUCAGCAGCACCAAUCACAAGGCCAGCAGCCCGCCAUGGCCGGGGGCUGGGGUGGACGUCCGGGCGCCGGCCCGCCUCCGCCCUCCAAGAGCCAGAACCAAAGCCCGGGCUGGACGGCGGGGUCGGUCCCCCGGGCAGCCGGGCCGGGGGCCGGGGGGGUGGACCCCGCGGAGUCCAGCGGGUGGGAUGAGCCGUCCCCCCAGUCCAUCAGCCGAAAGAUGGAGAUCGACGACGGGACGUCCGCCUGGGGCGACCCCCAGCGCUACAGCAACAAGAACGUCAACAUGUGGGACAAGAACAGUGGCUCCGGCGGCCAGGGGUCUGGAGGACCCGGUCCAGGGGGCCCGGGGGGGCACGGCCCGCAGGGCCCCUCCCCUCCCAACCCCCAGCAGCCCCCCAGACGCCAGCCCCCCAGCAGGGAGUCCGGCAACGGUGGAGUGGGUAUGUGGGGCAAAGGAGGCGGACAGCCGGAGGACGCCAAUGCGGGUGGCUGGGGUCAGAGUUCAUCAUCGUCGCCCUCAGCAGCGCCCGCUGGCUGGGGAGACCCUGAACCUGAGCCAGGGAAGCCGUCCGGUUGGGGGAACCCCUCCGCCAAUCCCGGCAAGCCAGGCCCCAAGUCAGGGGAGGGCUGGGGGUCAAAGGGCGAGGGGCCCGUGGCCGCCUCCCGCCACGCCAGCUGGGACGAGGAGGAGGAGGGGGGCGUCUGGAACAGCGGGGGGUCCCAGGGAGGCUGGGCCCACGGCCACGCCGGAGCCAGGGGCCACGCCAAGGGGGGCCGUGGAGAGAGCUGGGGUAAUCCGAUGUCGCGGCAGUUCGCCAACAUGGGCCUCCUGGGUGACGAUCCAGGCGGCGACAAGAAAAUGGAUCCAGACAAGAGAGGGAUGAGUGACUACAACGGAGAGAUGCGGAGAGGAGGAAGAGGAGGAGGAGGAGGAGGAGGCUACCGCAUGCCUGGCUCUAAAGACAUGGCGCCUGGGGACAUGGGUCACUAUGGAGACAAGAUGAGUGGUCAUGGGGGGUACGGCGGUGGAGGAGGUGGGGGAGGUAUGCCUCCGUCACGAGGCAUGCACCAGCCCGUGGGCCAUCCCAUGACCCCCAACCAGGGUCUACGGGCCCCGGUGCCCCAUCAGUACAUGUCUGCCCAGGUCCCAGGGUCCAUGAUGAAGCAGAUGCCGUCGCCUGGCAACAGCCUUGGCGGGGGAGGUGGAGUGGGCGGGGUGGGUGGGGGAGGAGGAGGAGGAGGAGCAGGAGGAGCAGGAGGCCUGUUCCCCCCUCAGCUGUCCCCGCAGCAGUUGGCCAUGUUGAGCAACAUCUACCCUCACGUCCAGCAGUUUCACCUGGCGUGUCAACUCCUCCUGCAGCAGCAGCAACAGCAGCACCAGCAGCAACAGCAGCAGCUGUUGCAGAACCAGAGGAAGUUCCCCCAGCCCCUCCGCCAGCAGACCGACCCCCAGCAGUUGGCCAGGCUCAUGGCUGUCCUUCAGCAGCAGAGACAGCAGCAGGGUGGGGGGGGAGGAGGGGGAAGCUCCAAGCUGUCUCCCUCCCACCUGGGGGGAGGAGGCCUCCCCAAGCAGUCCAUGGACCCUCUGGGUCACCCCGGGGGCGUAGGGGUCUCCCUCUCCGACUUCCACGCUAAGACCCAGGCCAUGUACUCUGGUCUGGCGCCGGGUGGGAACCUGUCGGGCCUGGACCAGGGCGGGGGUCCGGGGAUGAAGGACCCAGGUGGGGGGCAGCAGUCUCGCUUCAAGUGGAUGAUGGAGGGCCACUCGCCCUCCUCCCCCUCGCCGGACGCCAUCGCCGCGAUGCACAAGAACGGCCCCAUACCCAACCCCAUGAAGAACAGGGGAGGCUCCCCGUACUCCCAGUACGAGAUGAUGGGCCC